CACGGCGUCACUAAUCCGCCGGCCCGCAGCUGGACCCACGAAGCCAGGCGCCACCAUCUUCUUCGAUCGACUUUGCCUAGGGUUAGGGGGUCACCAUCUGCGAUCGCAGGCGGAAGGUGGAUCCGAGAGGAGGUGCUCUGCUACGCGAUGUUGCUGCGGCUGCUGCGUUCGUGGCGGCGCCGUCACCACCCGCCGCAGAGAGGCGGAGCGCUGGCCGCCGCGCUGGUGAUCCUCCUCCCGGCUUUCUUCCCGUCGCUCUUCACCCCGCUCGGCCACGCAUUCCCUUCCCUCUUCUCCGAAUGGAAUGCUCCCAAACCGAUGCAUCUAUCUCUUCUAAGGGAUGCCUUAGAACGUAAAACAUCAAUUGAUCAACAGUCUGAGCUUUGGGCUCCCUUAGCAUCACAAGGAUGGAAACCUUGUCUUGAAUCUACAAGUACCUCUUCACUCCCCAGUAAGUCAAAUGGAUAUAUUCAGGUUUUCCUUGAUGGUGGACUGAAUCAACAGAGAAUGGGAAUCUGCGAUGCAGUUGCUGUUGCUAAAAUUUUGAAUGCUACCCUUGUUAUCCCAUACCUUGAAAUCAAUCCUGUCUGGAGAGACUCAAGCUCUUUUGAGGAAAUAUAUGAUGUGGAUCAUUUUAUUGAUGUCCUUAAAGAAGAAAUCUCAAUAACUAGAGAAUUGCCCAAGGAAUACUCUUGGAGCACUAGAGAGUAUUAUGCCAUUGGCAUUCGGGCUACAAGAGUAAAGACUGCACCUUCUCAUGCUUCAGCAAACUGGUAUCUCGAGAAUGUUCUACCUGUCUUACAGAGUUAUGGUAUUGCUGCCAUUUCCCCUUUUUCACACCGAUUGGCUUUUGAGAAUUUGCCUGGGGAUAUACAACGCUUAAGGUGUAAGGUCAAUUUUCAAGCACUGGCAUUUGUCUCUCAUAUCAACGCUUUAGGGGAGACACUUGUUAAGCGGUUGAGGAGUCCAGUCCAUAAACAACCUGAGGAGUUUUUAAAGGAAGUAGCGGAUGAAAAUGUUCAGGAGGGCCCUGGAAAGUUUGCUGUGCUGCACCUUAGGUUCGAUAAGGACAUGGCUGCACACUCUGCCUGUGAUUUUGGGGGUGGUAGAGCUGAAAGGCUUGCUUUGGCCAAGUACAGGCAAGUGAUUUGGCAAGGGAGGGUCUUAAAUUCCCAAUUCACUGAUGAGGAACUGCGAGGCCAGGGUAGAUGUCCAUUAACUCCUGAAGAAAUAGGAUUGCUACUGGCAGCUUUAGGCUUUGACAGCAGCACUCGUCUAUAUCUUGCCUCUCAUAAGGUGUAUGGUGGAGAGGCCAGGAUAUCCAGCCUACGCAUGCUUUUCCCACUGAUGGAUGAUAAGAAGAGUCUUGCUUCAGAAGAGGAGUUAGCUAAGGUGGAAGGAAAGGCAUCUCUUCUAGCCGCCGUCGAUUACUAUGUUAGCAUGCACAGUGAUAUCUUCAUUUCUGCAUCCCCAGGGAAUAUGCACAAUGCAGUUCUGGGCUAUCGAACUUACGAAAACUUGAAGACCAUACGACCAAACAUGGGUUUGCUAGGACAACUCUUCCUGAACAAGACCAUGGACUGGUCCGAGUUCGAACGGGCUGUCCAAGCUGGUCACAAAGCUAGACAAGGGCAAAUCAGGUUGAGGAAACCAAAACAAUCCAUAUAUACAUAUCCAGCUCCAGAUUGCAUGUGCCAAGGAAAAGAAAGCAGCGGCGGAAAGAUGACCUCGUACACUUUUGCCUGCACGCAGAUAAGAUAGUAGGCAUCGGCGCCUGCUCCGGUCAUGGCCGCAGCGACGUACCCCCAUCUUCGGCGACUUCGACUUCUUUUGCUGGUGAGAAGGACGAUUCGGAGCCUACAACGCUUUGUUAGAUCUCAUUCUCCACCUUUUUAUCUCACAGCUUAGGAAGGACUACUCUCCCCUGGCUGCCUGCUGAAAGGGGUUUUGCUGUAAGAUCAAACGUUGUGGGAACAGCUUUGCCUACAUCCAAAGACGCCAUUUGCAUGCCCAA